GGAGAGUGGCCAUUCCCAACAAGGCCCAAACCUGCACCGGCCUCCCAGAUCCAGUCAAAGGCACUCAGUGCACAUUCUCCUGCAAUGAGGGCGAGUUCCUGGACAUGCGGACUCAGCUGUGCCAGAAGUGCGCGGCAGGGACUCACUCUUUGGGCUCUGGCGUGGCCUUCGACGAGUGGGAUCGCCUGCCCACUGGCUUCAUCACGCUCGGGAUCAACACUAAUGGCUGGGACGUACACACAGACUGCUCCAACUCCACCUGGACACCGAUGGGCGAUUACAUCGCCUCGAACACGGAUGAGUGUACAGCCACGCUGUCGUAUUCCGUGGACCUGAAGAAACCAGGACGCGUGUCCUUUGACUACUUAUAUUCCGACACCAGCAUCUACUUUGAGUUCUUUGUCCAAAACGACCAGUGUCAGUCCACCGACUCUACCAGCCGCUGGAUGAAGAUCUCUGAGAGCGACUGGAGCCAGCAUGAGGUCCAGCUCAACAAAGGCAACAAUGUUCUGUUCUGGAGAACCACCGCCUACACUCUGCAGGGCCAGGCUGACAAAGCCGUGUUGUUGCGAAAUAUCUCCAUCUCAGGCGUGGCCUACACGUCCGAGUGUUUCCGCUGCAAGCCUGGCACCCACAGCGCCAAGCCGGGAUCUGCCCGCUGCGUCCCCUGCCCCGCUGAUACCUACUCCAACAAGGGGGCCACCGUUUGCCAGCGCUGUGACCCUGAUAAAUACGCAGAGGUAUCAUCUGGAAGCUGUAAAGUAAGACCGGCAUGCACAAACACAGACUACUUCUACACGCACACUCCCUGUGACGCUCAUGGAAAGACUCAGCUGAUGUACAAAUGGAUCGAGCCAAAAAUCUGCAGCGAGACCGCCGAGGGCUCUGUAAAGCUGCCCGCAUCAGCAGAGAAGCAAACGUGUCCGCCGUGCAACCCAGGAUUUUUUCUGAGCAACACCUCGGACACCUGCCAACCGUGCGCUGACAAUUUCUUCUCAAAUGGAACAGUCUGUGAAGGGUGCCCCGUAGGCACAGAAGCUGUGAUUGGUUUGGAGUACAAAUGGUGGAACACAAUGCCGAGCAACAUGAAGAGUUCUGUCCUACGGGCAGAUUUGGAUGACUCCGUGCGCCGCACUGCGUGGGAGGUGGCCGGGGAGUACGUGUACACCACCCCCGGUGAGCGUGACACAGACUACCUCACGCUCACGCUCACGGUUCCAGGAUACAGGCUGCCAGAGUCUCUGGUAAAUGACGGAAAGCAGAGUGAACUGUCUCGCAUCACCUUCAUCUUUGAAACCGUGUGUUCGGCAGACUGUACCUUGUUUUUCAUGGCGGGUUUUAAUCGGUGGAACAACAACGAGCUGGAGCAGUGGAAGGGCAGCAACAGGAAACAGUCAUACUCGUAUUUGAUUCAGAGCAACGCCACUGUCAGCUUCACCUGGACUUUCCAACGAACAGACAACGCCACAACGGAGAGGAGGUUCAGUGCUGAUGUGGCAAAGAUCUUCUCCAUCCACGUCACCAACGUUCUGGGAGGCGUCGCCUCGAAAUGUCGGCAGUGUGCCCUCACGUCUCGCCCUGGCGAUGGCUCAGCCUGUGUGCCCUGCCCGCUGGGCCAUCGCUUGGUCAGCGAGAAAGGAGCUGAGGGAACAUGCCAACGCUGCCCGCCAAACUCCAUCGUCGCGACCGAGUGGCCUGCCAGAGAGCCGGCCUGUGUUGCCUGUGGCCCGAACACAAAGACCAACCAGGCCUACACAGCGUGCCUCAGUGAUUGUACGGCGAAAGUGUGGACAACAGGUGGUGCGGCGCUGCACUACGACUUCUCCCCUCUGUCCAAUGUCACAUCCUUCCAAAGCGGCCCACGCUUCACCAGCAAAGGCCUGCGCUACUUCCAUCACUUCAGCAUGGCUCUGUGCGGCAAAGAGGACCGAGCGACGGCGACCUGCAUGGACAAUGUGACGGAGCACGGCCGAGUGGUCCGAGGUCACGUGUGCCAGUCACUUGUGGUUCCGUCGGACAUCAGGAGUCAGAACAUGGUGGCGUCACAGCCGUUCGUCAUUGGCGACGCUCUUAUUGGUGUAAGUACUGACAGGGUCCUGGCUAACAUCUCCACUCCACCGUGGCUCUUCCCCUCCACCUCUGACCUACCGGAUGUCAUAUUCUAUUACAAGUCCGCUGAGACGACGCAGGCUUGUAAAAGAGGCCGCUCGGCCACUAUCAGGCUGAGAUGCGACCCGGCAAUGGGUGCCACAGACCGUAUCAUGCUGCCCAGUAACUGUUCAGAGGGAACGUGUGAUGGCUGCACUUUCCACUUCCUUUGGCAGAGUCAGCACGCAUGUCCACUGUGCACAAAACGCAAUUAUAGAGAGAUCGUCAGCGCUUGUGAACAAGGAAUCCAGAGGACGACGUAUGUCUGGCAGCAGCCGUCUCAGUGUCACGGAGGAGAGGCCCUCCCAGCCCCGAAAGUCAGCGCUUGUGUGACUUUGGAUUUCUGGCUCAAGAUUGGGGUUUCCACGGGAACGAUCGGCGCCGCUCUUCUCGUCACGCUCAUCUGUUACUUUUGGAAGAAGACACGCAAGUUGGAGUACAAGUACUCCAAGCUGGUGAUGAGCUCGGGGGGCAAAGAGUGCGAGCUGCCCACCGCAGAUAGCUGUGCAAUCAUGGAAGGAGAGGACACCGAGGACGACCUCAUCCAUCUCACCCACAAGUCCUUCUUCAACAAAAUGAAAGCGUACUCCCGCGAGAGAACAUCCGACGGGUUUGAUUCAGUACCUCUGAAGUCGUCAUCUUGUCACCUGCAAAGAGAGGAGGGGGAUUCUGAUGAUGCGUGAUGCAAAGGUGUGACGAAAGCCGUUGUGGUCAAUGCUUUUAUUUAUGCCCAUGGAGGGAGUGUACUGCUGUAUAACAAGGCGAUGUGAAGCCUAAUAAGUCUAUGCAAGACUAAACAUCCCAUCUGAAAGAUAUGUGUGGACAUAACAUCAGGACACCUGGAAUGGGGUCUCGUGGCUUUUGAGGCUGGAACACAGGACAGUUGUUUAAAUUGGAACAACACUAAUAUUAAAACAUCAUGAAAGGAAUAAUAAAUACAAGGAGUAGAAUGAGAAAUAAUGUAAAAAAAGACAAUUCCCAUUACACUUAUAUUGGGAGUUGUGUAAGUCUGUUUGUCUAUUUGUACUUUGUAAUUGGCUAACUUGUGUCCUAUUAGGAACCCUGUGUAAUGUUAUUAUUUGACAUGUGA